AUGGUUUCAACCAUAGUCAAGCUGAUCAUACUUUGUUUGUUAAACACUCCUCACUUGGUAAGACUGACAGCUCUUAUUGUCUAUGUGGAUGAUAUUGUACUCACAGGGGAUGAUGUUGAGGAGGUUGCUCGGUUAAAGGAAUAUUUGGUUAAUGAGUUUGAAAUCAAAGACUUAAGCAGCUUGAAGUACUUUCUAGGCAAUGAGGUUGCUCGGUCCAAAGAUGGCAUCUUUAUAUGUCAACGACAGUAUGUGCUUGAUUUGCUAAAAGAAACUGAAAUGCUUGGAAGUAAAGCCUGUGAUACACCACUAGAGCUUGGACUGAAGCGUAGUGAGGCUCAAAGAGGCGAGCCUAUAGACGGGGAGAUACCAGAGACUAUAAGUAUGGUUAGUCAGUUUAUGCAUGCUCCACGUGCAACUCACUUAGAGGCAGUUAUGAGGAUUCUGAGGUAUUUGAAAUCUUCUCCGGGAAAGGGUCUCUAUUUCUCAAAGUAUGGUUAUCUUAGUGUAGAGGCAUAUACAGAUGCUGAUUGGAUUGGAUUAAUAACUGAUAGAAGAUCCACCUCUGGCUAUUGUACCUUUGUUGGAGGAAAUCUAGUUAUUUGGAGAAGCAAGAAAUAG